UUUUCGCAACAUCGUAGUUACCUUGAGCUUCUUACAGAACCCGAAUACGUGAAAUUGAGAUUAAGGAAAAAAAAAAGUAAAACAUACGGCAUGAUUUACGACACACUUACAGAGAACCUGAACGAAGAAGCCCGGGUGCCAAGCAUAAUGAAAAAAAG